GAUCUCGUGUUUUUCUCUCUCAUUCUUUUUUGCCGCACAAUUCAUGAUGGGGGUUUCUCUUUUCUCCACUUCGAAUUCUGCUUUUCGCGUGUUUAAUUAGUGAUUGCAGCUUCUUCAAGAAACCCCUGAACAAUCGAAUCGAAUUCUCCUCGAUUUUCCCAUCUGGGUUUUUUUUUUUGUUUCUCGGAUCAUCAUAGAAGCUUCCAUUAAUGGCGGCGGAAGCACAAGUGCAGGGCUACGUAUGCAAGAUAUGCAGCAAAAUCUGCGUCAGCGGGAAGUCACUCGGUGGUCACAUGAGGAUUCAUUUGGCUGUAAUCGCAGCUUCCAAAAAAGCUGCAAUCAAAUCGGAGUUUGCAGAAGACGACGACGAGGAUCAUCAAUCAAACAGCGACGAAAAUGCCAAGAUUAGCGACGAGUUUGGAGAAGCCGACCAAAACAGCACCUACGUGCUGCGUGAGAAUCCAAAAAAGUCAUGGAGAAUUUCCGAUCCCAAACACGGCCUUACGAAAACCCCGAAGAACAACAACGAACCUUCCUCUUCGUCUCCUUGUUGUUACUCUUCCUGCAAAUUAUGCGGCAGAGGGUUUCCGUCGCUGAGAGCUUUAUCGGGACAUAUGAGAAGCCACUCGAUCAAGAACAACGACCGAGAUUCGCAUCUGGCCAAUCAGUGCAAGACAUGUGGCAAGGGGUUCGACUCGAUGAGAGCCAUGUUCGGACACAUGAAAACCCACUCCAAGAAGACGAGGGCUUCCGACCGGUCGAACGAGAGCUUGUCCGAUUUGGAGAACUUGUGCCCCGUUCGUCGCAAAAGAUCGAGAAUUCGGUAUAAAGGCACUACCACCGCCGCUACUUAUAAUAAUACGGAUAGUACUCGAGAUAAUGGAUAUGUUUCCGAGGAAACAGAGGAGGCGGCUUUGUGCUUGAUUAUGCUUUCGAGGGGUGUUACGAGUUGGUCGGACAUUGACUCGGUCAAAGAUUGUUCGGACUACUUCGGUGCUGAAAAUCGGGGUUUUUUUGGUGGGAAGACUGUGUCUGGAUUCGAUAAUCUUGAUCGAGACGUAGUAAUGGAUGGUCCGUUCGAUGUUUCUGCUGUUAAAACGAGAAGGGCCAGUUUCGAAGUUUCCGAAGAUGAUUCGAGGAGUUGCGAUUCUGCGAAAUCGGACUCUUUCAAGAUAGCGAAUCUUGAAAUGGUGAAGGGUUUUGAUGAACUGCAGGGGGGAAUAUAUAGUGGUGUGGUUCCGUUGUCCGAUUCAACCGAGCUCGAUCGGGUUCAAAUUCAACACGAGCAAGAAAAUCGCGAUGUGGGAAUUGCUCGUUUGGGCGGGAAAAUCAAGAAACACGAGUGUCCGACGUGCUUUAAGGUGUUUCCUUCGGGGCAAGCUCUAGGCGGGCACAAGAGGGCUCAUUACACUCUACCCGAAAGCAAGAUCAGAGUAGAUGAAGAAGAAGAAGAAUCAACGGCUGUGAUUCAUCCGGAUUCGUUCGAUCUCAACAAAAGUUUGUGGUGGGCUGAUGAGAGAUUGAUGCUCACUAAUUGACACGCAGGCGGGAACUACAGACAUAUCGUUUGAUCGAGUACAUUCAAUAAACCGUUUUUUUUUUUGGGGAAUUUUUUUUUCUUCGUGCUGCAAUGCACACAUUUUUCAUAUUCAAACACUCGAAAGGCUGAAGCUUUACGACAGAUACGAAAUAUUCGAAUGCGAAAUAGUCGUUUUUAAUCAGCGUUUAUCGUCGAUUUUAGUCGGGUAAUGCUUGUUUU